AUGCAGAAGAAGAUCGAUGGCUGGAAGAAGAGUCUCGGGCGCACGGUGGGGCGGAGGAUUGAUCGAGAGGUCGCGGUCGAACUGGAGAAAAAGGAGGAUGUAGAUGGACGGCCGCAGCGACAUCAGGAUCAAAAAGUCAAAGUCAAAGCUGACGAGCGUCCCCCAGCUCGGUCGAAGAAGAACGGCAGCUGGAAGACGAGCCUGAAGAGGAGUAUUGGGCGGGCGCUUGGGCGGGACGUGCGACGUGUGCUCCGCACGCAGGAUGGGCAUGAACUCGAGGGCCGCCGGGUUGCGGAAGAGAAGGCGGCGGAGGAUGGUAACGCGGAUGGGGACUGCGCUGAGGUCGCGCGGCCGCUGAGGCUCAGAGUUAGACGGUUACGCGCACCUUGGGGUUCUGCACACGACGGCAAUGGCGAUGACGGUCAGAGGACACUGGAUACCUCCGACACUGCACUCCACGAUGGAGAUAGUAACGCCGCGCAUAUCGGCUUUCCGCACCUGCUGCAUGUACAACCCCGAGGCGAUGCCAGGUUCGCGACUUGGUCGCCUGGACGGUCGCCGUUCUGGUGCUGUGGUCAGGAGAGCGGCGGUGUGGGUCUGCACUCGUCGCCUCUGGGGGAGAAGAUCCGCCAUUCUCCUGUACUUACUCAUGCGUCUGGGGACCUUUGGUUUCGAGCGUCGCGGGCUGAUGGUGCGGAUAACGAGAGGUCUGCGGGGUCUACGGAUGUGGGAACGGAUGAUUCUGAGUCGCUGUUUACGUGGCCGAGCUCGGCGGAUCCAGGAUUGCUGGAAGCGGUCACUUUUCAGCCUGUGCCUGGGCUGGGUACUCGAGGGCUUGAGCAAGACCAGGACCGACAGGUGGGAGAUGUGAGAGAAGAGGAAUUUGGAAUUGAGGUUGCAAGUACCGGAGAAGAGGAUCGUGGGAUCGACGCUGGAGACGCUGACGCCCUCCAGCCUGCACCAUCGGCCUCGCAUAGUUCGGAAGUAGACGCCUCUCGUGCGGUUGCUCAUGACCAGAUUCACGCCGGAGCGCCAGAAGGCGAAGACGAGGAAAAGAAGUUUGGUCACCUCCCCGCUCAGCCUCCACCGAAGCUUCGCCUGCAUCACAGCCUUUCGAGGAUCGAGAACCUCCGCGCUAGGAAUCUGUAUAUGCGCCGACCGAGACCGAGGCUGACGCACGCCGAAGUUCAGGAGAGGGUGGGCAGGAUCGAUGCACUGCUUGCUGGUGUGCCGCGGAUGACGCCGAACAACGAUGGGGACCUUCAGGCAGAGGAAGAGGAGGAAGUAAGGGACGAGGGGCCUGAGGAGGAUUCGCCGCCUGAGAGAAUGAUAGGGCAGACACUUCUUGAUGCUGCGCGAAGUGCCAGGUGGGCAAGGCAGUCGCCAACGCCGAGCAUUGCACAGCCUGCUACGUCUGAAUUGCCCGCAGUCCUCCAGUAUCAGCCUGCGACGAGUGCAUCUCGCUCCAGAGCUCCAGCGCCCGGUGACUGGCUCAAGUCAAGACUGCCCAACACAAGCAAGCAGAAUCGUGACCUUGGCUCUCUGUAUCCCGGAGAGCCUCGCGGCGAAGCAUCGACUACCCCCCAGCCAACGGGGAUGAACGUCGGACUGAGGACGAUGUACUCGUUCCCCGGCCAGCCUCGAGACGUCGGUGUGGACUCGCGUGAAGAGCCCGAGGCCAGGGCCGAGAAAGUUAGGAACUGGGUUGCUGAGUGGAGGGAACGGAAGUCGGCAAAUGAGGUCGUGGAUGGUCCUUCUGCGAUUGAUGGGCCUGGGGUUGCAUUGCCUGAGUCGAGCAAGCCUCGGUCAUCUGUUCAAGAGAAUGCGGGCGAGAGCGGUGCUUUGGCUGCGUGUGGAGGUGAGAAUGUCAAAGGACUUGUCGGCCAUACAGGCAAGAUCGUAGUCGAUGGCUGCACGUAUCCAGCCAGACUGCGGGACGAAUAUCGAUCCCCGCCACAUGUGGAACUCGCGCAGUUUAAACACGCGCAGGCCAAAUUUGCGUCAAUCGACAGUACCGGCGGGGAUAUUAAAUACAUCCAGCCUGGGCCAAGGGGCUUGGAACAGAGUGAGGAAAUGACACUCCGUGCGUCGACAGAGGGCAGAAGUGGGUCGACGGACUCAGUCGUCACAACGAUCUGGCGCGGUGCAGGUGCUGAAGACGACUUAGCUAGGAACGGCGGAGAGAGGAGUUGUUUUUGGUUGAGUGAUUGA